AUGUAUCAUGUGGAGGUCUUGCUCUCGAGCGGCCAGUGGCAGCUCUAUCUCGAGGACAUGGACGACGGCACCCUCCGCAGUCACUUGCACGAGCUAUCACCGGACGCGACAAAGCCCGGCAGCAUCAACAGCCUGGACGUCGCGCUAUCCAUUGCGCGAGGGCUCAAGGCCCUCCACACGCCGAAAGAAGCAAAGAAGCAACCAGGUUGGUCCAUGGUCCACGGCAACCUCAAGCUCGACAACGUGCACUUCAACAAGAAAGGCCAAGUCAAGCUCGCCGACUUUGGCCUUUGCCGCGUCGAGGCGGUGACCAUGACGCACGUCAACCUCUUGACAGAGCACUACGUAGCUCCCGAGGUCUUUCGAGGCGACAAGAUCUCGACGUCCGCUGACAUUUAUGCGUUCGGCGUCAUCCUCGGCGAGAUGGACAUGCGCGCCCCGGCGCCGCGAGGCAGCGACGAGAAGGCGAGACGAGGCAAGUACGUGCCCGAGAUGCGCUCCGACUGCGCCGCGUGGUACCGCGCUCUCGUCCAGUGGUGCGUCGCCGAAGAGCCGAAAGACCGGCCCAAGAUCGAUGAGGUCAUCCAAAUUCUAAGCAACCCCUCGACCGAGACGAUCAACGCAGUCAAGAAGGCCCGCGACGAGACAAACAAAGUUUCUGUCGGCCUGCAAAACAAGUCUACUUUGAAGCUCAAGAGUUGAAGGCAACACGA